GUUCGAUGCAAUGUAAUGUUGCCAUUCAUGAUUGUACUUUCUAAUUCUGAAAGAUUAACUUAACAAGCCAUUUAACAUCAAAACUGUGCCUAAUAAGCGUCCCUCCCAUGCAAACAUACAAUGGGUAAUAUAAGGGGAGGGGGUGUGCACUAACCAGUAACAUGUCUUAAAACAGGGUGAGCAGGAAGUCCAGGUGGAAUAGAUUUUGGAAGCUAAUUUGUCAAUAUUUGCUCUUAUCUUAACCUUGUGCCUCUAGAUCAUCUGAAAUAUUCACCUUUGUUUAUGUGAUAAACAAAAAAUCCUGGACGAUACGGUGUACUACUAGAGAGUAUAAACAUAUUUGUUCGGUUUUUUACUAGUUCAACCAAUCAGCGUUGAGUGUUCACGUGUUCGCUCAUGGCGCAUCUCCCAUCGUUCUAUAAAAGAAGAAGCUGAACUCAUAUCACUUCAGAACAAACGAACAUUGAAAACGAUACACAGCUAUUACAGAUACAGCAACUGCUUGGAGAAUUACGAGAUAAAAGUGAACGCAACACAACUUGGUGAAAUAACGAUUUUACACUAGAGAUUACAGAAGAUUAUACGUAAGGUAGUGAAGAUGGGUAUUGAACAAGACAUUCAGAAUUUCAACCGACUGCCAUCAAAUACAAAAGCCGAUUUUGGCAUACUAUUUGACGUGGAUGGUGUUAUAGCGCGUGGCACACAAGCCUUAGAGCCAGCAAAGCGUAUGAUAAAAGAAUUAUGUGAUGAACAGAACAACCUGAAAGUACCUAUUGCUUUCGUCACAAAUGCCUGCAACAGGACAGCUGACAAAGCUAGGCAGAUUUCAAACUGGCUGGACUUAGAGAUAAAACCAGAGUAUAUGAUGCAUGCUCAGAGUCCACUGUCGGUCUUCCAUAAGUACCACGACAAACACGUUCUUGUUGUUGGUCAAGGUCAUAUUCAUGACAUCGCAAAAGAACUUGGAUUUAAAAAUACAUGUUCAAUUGAUGAUGUCAAAGAAGCCUACCCACUGCUUGACAUGGUCGAUCACGCCAACAGGAGAAAGGUGGCCCAGGGAUACAUAGAGAAGGAGUUCCCUAAAAUAGAUGCUGUGGUAGUGUUUGGAGAACCAAACAGGUGGGAAUCAAACCUCCAACUACUGAUUGACCUAAUACUCACAAACGGCCUCCCAACACACGCAUCUGAUAAAAUCCCAUCGCCAGAGGAACAGCUUCCAAUACUUGCUGCAAACAUGGACUUGGUGUUUAUGGCAGAGGCAUGUAUGCCUAGAUUCGGCAACGGAUCCUUCCUCGUGUGCCUUGAAGCUCUUUAUAAGAAAAUCACAGGCCAUGAAUUGCAGUAUAAAGCCUUAGUUGGUAAACCUUGUGAACUGACAUUCAGAUAUGCUGAGCAUGUCAUCCAGCAACACGCUAAAGCACUUGGAAUUACAAGACCGAUCGAGAAACUCUACUUCAUUGGGGAUAACCCACUUGUUGACAUAUUCGGUGCAAACAUGUACAACCAGUACAUCCACCAUAUUAGGAAGACAAGUAACUCAAACUACGUGAAUGGUGAUGUAUUGGACAAUGUAAACUCAAAUAUGAACACAUCUAAAACAACAAAUGGCUAUAUAGCCCCCAUGUCAAGACAAAUUCCACCAGAGGCAGAUUUUGAUGAACAAACUGUUCUUGACUGUGAAGGUAUCCUCGUGGGUACCGGUGUAUAUAAACCAACUAAAAAUAACUUCAACGGUGAAGCUAAAAGCAUGCAUCAGGUCCACAGAGACAUUGAAAAGAGGCCAGACUUUUGCAUACCUAGGCAUUUUGCCGACGAUGUGCACAAAGCCAUUCUAUACAUUCUGAAAAAGCAGCAUUUUGUUGUGUAAAAAGGAGAUUUCAAGAAAGUUUGUACAUACUGAAUGAUUCCAUAAACAAUGCUGAUGAAGCAAAGGACAGCACAGGGAAAAUGCUAAUUAUAAUGAACAUUUUAUGAAACAUCAAUGUCUAGACUUUUCUUAAAAUCAAUUUAUCCAGCCUAGAGUGAACAGUUUUACACUAUUAUCUGAUAAUACCCCCUUGGGACUUGAUCGUCAAUGAAACAUAUUUUAGAUGACCUCAAUUUAAAAUCAUAUAACCAAAAACAAAUAAUUCUGGUUUGAGUGUUAUCAGAGUGAAAAUGUUUUCUACGAUGUUCAUUAUAGUUGUAUAUUAGUCAUGAUUAAAGGCAGUUUUAUAUUUUGAUAUAAUUUCAAUUGUCUAUAUAUUCAUACAAUAUAUAUCACACAUGUAUUUGAUUUAUAUAUAUUGUUUAAUAAUUGUAUUUGAUUGUACAACUCUCAACUUGAUAUUUUAAAUUCAGUCUGGCACACAGGCCUAAGAAACCAUGGCCAGUGAGAUAAUGGUACAUGUAAAUGAGUGACGUUGGCUCAAUUGACUUUGGGGCUGUGUGAUCUGGUGAUACACUGAAUGAGUAAACGAUGUUAAGAAUGAGCGUAAUUUUGAGAUUUAUCACGAUUUAAUGGAUCAGGUUUUGUCUCAAUUAGUAUUGGGACUGUAGCUGAUGUAAAAAUCUAUGCACAAAUGAUGAGUUGAAGUUUGAGUAUCAUCUUUUGCAACGAGAUAAUGCAGUAUAAAUUAGUGGAUAGAUUUUGAGAUUAGAAAAAAAUACAUCAGCCUUGUUCAAGAUGUUAUAAAGGUACAUUGUGCAGUAUUGAGUGAUAUCCAAUACAUUGAUGCUGGUCAUUGACGAGGAUAUCCUUGACUAGAUCUCGAUUAUAAUCAAAUCUUUUAUAAGUUGUUUAUAUUGAAACUAACUGAUGUUGUCGUUGGAUUGUUAACACGUAUUGAUUGUGUAAAACUGUAAGCGUAACACUUGAUAUUACAAAUAAAAUAUAGAAAUAUA